UGACGUCUGCUGACGUUAAAAAUCAGGAAACUGAUUUAUUUGAGUUGAAUUAAUCAGUAAUCGAUCCUGAUCGCCGGGUUUGGAUGUGCAGCUCUGGAGCGGCUCUCCCAGGGUUCUGCUGGUAUGUGAGGCUCAGCCCGCCCCUUUCCGCCCCGCAGACCCAAACUCUCCAGCGGGACAGACCCACAGCUCCGGCGGCUCGCUCGGACCACCCGGACCCGAAACGCGCGUCCUGUCCGCGGGAAGCACAGCCAGCCUGGAUCCCGGUCCGCCGCGGCCAGGUGAGCGUCCGAACCGCUUAGCGGGAAUCCAGCCUCGUUUUUAGAUGCCCUGUUCCUGUUUCCAGGCCGAACCUUGGAGCGAUCUGCAGAACCAACAGGAACCAACCCAACUGAACCCGACUGAACCCGGAUCCCUCAGGUUCUGAAAAUUUAACUUCUUCAAUGAUGCGAAACAUCAAAUCAUAAAGUGGGACUGAAAUUGGUUUGUAAAUAAUAAACCGUUUAGUCCUGCAGACCUGGAUUUGCCCUUUAAUCUUGGAAAAACUUGGACUAGGACCAAACUUUGAGCUGAGGUUUGUUUUUUGGUUUCGGUUCGGAUCUUUCCUGGGAGAAGAUCCACCAGGUUCUGUGGUCAUGAAUCUUCAGGAGAAGCUGUCCGGCCUCAAAGGCCUGGUGUCCCCCGGCCGGCGGCGCCAUAAAGGUGACCUGACGGCGGAUAUGAUCAGCCCUCCGCUGGGCGACUUCCGCCACACCAUGCACGUGGGACGCGGCGGCGACGUCUUCGGAGACACGUCCUUCCUUAGCAACCACGGCGGGUCGGCCAACAGCGGCAACGGCGACGCCGACUCCGUCUCCGUCUCUUCACCCGACAACAAGAUCGGCGCGUUUUUCUCCAGGACGCUGCGUCACAUCCGGCGGGGCUCGGACAACCGACCCCGGGACGCAGCGAAGGAGCUGUCGCCGCCGCCGCCCGCCGUGUCGCCCAUCAUCAAGAACGCCAUCUCCCUCCCGCGGCUGGACGUCGACGCGCCCAACGGGAGUCCCGCCGCCAGGGCGCUGCUCCCCGGAUCCCCGCCGGACCGGGAGAAGAGCUCCUACGGUCCGGAGUCCGGGUUCAUCACUCUGCCUCGUCUGUCCCGGUUGGAGCGCCAGCAGCCGUCCAUCUCCUCCAGCGUUCACCGCGGCUCUCUCACCGAUCAGACCGACGCCGUCUUGUCCGCCUGCUCUGCCGCCAUCGUGACCUCUGAACCCAAACGGACAACCCGCGGUGCGUACUCCGACUCCUUGCCCUCCCUCGCCUCCCUGGACACCUUCACCUUUGACCUCGGCCCGUCCCUAAUGAGCGAAGUGUUCGGCCUGAUCGACGGGCACCCGGAGGAGAGCGCCGCCGUGUGGCGGGCGGGCGAGGCGGAGUCGGCGUGCGGGUCGGACGGUUCUGCCACCGUGUCCUUCGUGGACUCGUUGCUGCGGGAGGACGACGGCGGCGGCGGGACGAGUCCUCACCGGUGUGAGGAGGAAAACGCGGUGAGGGGAUUCUCCGGGGAAGUACCGGACGUGCUGCUGGGUUCUGCUGAGCGGGUCGGGGUCCGGAUGGAGAGCGAGCGGUUUCAAAGCGCUACCGACGUGCUAGCACGCCACUACGGCGUCGGCCUCUUAAAGGGACAGAACAAGAUGGAGGAGCUCCGGAGUCAGCCCACGAAGAAAAUAAACUACAGCUUCAUGGACGAUGAGGACGAAAUCAAAGUCUGACAGGAAGGAACCAAAUGGACCUUCCUGACGGUGACCUUCCUGGAAGAGGUCAGGACUCAACAACAAACAUGUCCGUUAGGUUUUGCACAAAAUCAUAAGAUUUUCUGUAAGAAUGAGCCUUUUAGGGCGUCUGUCACUUUAAAUCCAAACAAUUUGCUGCUUACGUGAAAAUGGCUGCAAAAAGAUGCACAAUUAUACAACUGUACAUCUUAGAAAGGCAGAAGUGGCGCCUCCUGUGCAACGAACAAGAAUGCAGCAAGUUAUAAGGGCCUAUUUUGGGCUCUUAUAGACAGAAAAAGAGUAAAUUUCCACCUGAAAACUCAGAAAUCUUGAAAUUAAUAAAUUAAGUUUUCUAGAAAAAGUAAAAAAUGUUAAAGUUCCGCAAAUUUUGAAACUCAUAAAUUUCAAAGUUGUCUCUAGAAAAUUUGUGAAGUUAACCUCUUUUUUCUAGCAAACUUUUGAAACUCCAAGUCACUUCAAGAAAAUUUCUGAGAUUAAUCUCAAAACUUGGCAAACAGUAACCACUCCUGUUUUAUUUUCCCAUCUUCGAUGGCCCUAAUGUGCCGUCGUAGAAAAUGCUUUCUGGAUGGUGAGUCAACAACAAAACUCUUGUCUUUUCCUGCAGCCAUUGUACAGCGCAUACAUCAGGAAAACCAGCUGACCAAAC